AUGGCCUUCACCGUGCUGGGCCCGGUGGCCGCCCACGUGCUGUACCCGGAGCUGCGCCUGCUGUCGGAGGAGGACGAGGAGGAGGAGACCCGGAGCGAGAGCGACGCCUCGGAUCGCUCCUACGGCUGCUGCGAGAGCCGUCGCAAGAGCGGGCGGCCGGUCGUGGUGGUGAAGCAGCGGCAGGCGGCCAACGCCCGCGAGCGCGACCGCACCCAGAGCGUCAACACGGCCUUCACCGCCCUGCGCACCCUCAUCCCCACCGAGCCGGUGGACCGCAAGCUCUCCAAGAUCGAGACCCUCCGCCUGGCUUCCAGCUACAUCUCGCACCUGGCCAACGUGCUGCUGCUGGGCGACGGCUGCCAGGACGGGCAGCCUUGCUUCCGAGCCCUCCGCGGGGCCAAGGGCGAAGGGGGCGCGGGCGGGCCGCCCCCGCGCAGCAUCUGCACCUUCUGCCUGAGCAACCAGCGCAAAGGGGCGGUUCCAGGCAGUGGGGAUUGGUGGCAUCUAGACCCACUCAAAAACAUGAUGCGCAGAGGCCAAACGGGGUGUGCGGAGUCUGAGAAUGUGAUGCACAGAGGCCAGAAAUGCGAUGUGCAGAGGUCGAAAAUGAGAGGCACAGAGGUGGUGAUGGUCUGUGGCAUUCCCUGCAGCCUGAAACCGCUGAUUGGUGGUAUUCCAGGAAGCCGAUCCACCAUCCAAUGA